AACGAGCUGGUACACCAAAGAAAACGUCCAAUAAAAGCUUACUAAAGAGCAAAGUACAGGCGUCGAAAAAGGAUAAAAGCAGCGCGUGUAUAUUUCUCCAAAAUCUUGGUGCAAAUGGAGCAGGAGUUGGAAAACAGUCACUUUGUCAUCAAGAAGGGCAAAGAUGCUGACGAACAGCCGGCGGUGGACAAGAAGGCUCAUCAGGAGAGCGCCGACUCGGCCGUUGACCUGGUCUACUCGCUCAACGACCGGCCACCCUGGUACCUCUGCAUCCUGCUCGGUUUUCAGCAUUACGUCCUGGCGUUUGGCGGCAUUAUUGCCAUCCCGCUCAUCUUGGCCGAGCCGCUUUGUAUCGGUGACAACAACGUGGCCAAAAGCCAACUAAUCUGCACCAUCUUCUUCGUUUCUGGUCUGAGCACACUACUUCAGACAGGGAUUGGUGUCAGGUUGCCAAUCCUCCAGGGUGGAACCUUCAGCUUCAUUACUCCUACCCUGGCCAUCCUGGCACUGCCCAAGUGGCAGUGUCCUGCCCCGCAAGAUCCCGCCAUGUUGUCCGCUCACAAUGGCACCAGCCCGUUGCAGAUGGUGGAAAGUGGCGAUGAAGUUUGGAUGUCGCGAAUGCGUGAAAUCCAGGGAGCCAUAUUGGUAUCGUCACUGGUUCAGAUCACGUUAGGCUUCACUGGCCUGGUGGGAUUCGUGCUCCGGUACAUUGGACCGCUGGCCAUUGCGCCGACCAUCAACCUAAUCGGACUGUCGCUCUUCACUGAGGCCGGCAAGAAGUCGGGUGGCCACUGGGGGAUCGCUGCUCUCACGGUGUGUCUCAUCCUCCUGUUCUCGCAAUACUUGAGCAAAGUGGAUGUGCCGCUGAUUGCCUACAAAGACAAGAAGUGGAAAGUGUUCCACUACCCUCUCUUUAAGCUCUUCUCGGCCUUGUUUGGAAUGUGUGGCGGCUGGCUGGUCUGCUUCCUGCUGACUAUUUUUGACGUGCUACCAUCCAAGUCUGACUCGUACGGCUUCUCGGCAAGAACAGAUAUUAACCUGGACGCUGUUGCCAACUCACCCUGGUUCCACAUUCCCUACCCAGGUCAGUGGGGCAUGCCUACUGUGAGCGUCUCAUCAGUGCUUGGCAUGAUGGCGGGAGUGUUGGCGUCCACUAUGGAGUCCAUUGGCGACUAUUACGCUUGUGCCAGGCUGUCGGGUGCACCUCCCCCACCGACCCACGCCAUCAACCGUGGCAUUGCUGUGGAGGGCAUCGGCUGCAUCCUGUCAGGCCUGUGGGGGACGGGCAAUGGGACCACCUCCUACAGUCAGAACAUCGCCGCACUUGGCAUCACCAAGGUUGGCAGCAGACUGGUGCUCCAGACGACUGGAAUUCUUAUGAUUGUCUUGGGAAUCUUUGGGAAGUUUGGAGCCGUCUUUAUUACCAUCCCGGAUCCGGUUAUCGGCGGCAUGUUUCUGAUUAUGUUUGGAAUGAUUGCUGCUGUGGGGAUAUCAAACCUGCAGUAUGUGGACCUCAACUCAUCUCGUAACCUGCUUAUCCUCGGCUUCUCCACGUUCAGCGGUCUCGUAUUGCCCACAUGGUUUCACUCCAACCCUGGCAUAAUCGACACAGGAAUCAAAGAGCUAGACCAGGUCAUCGUAGUGCUCUUUACCACUCACAUGUUUAUCGGUGGCUUCUUUGGCUUCAUACUGGACAACACCAUUCCAGGCAGCGCCGAGGAGCGAGGCCUCAGCAAAUGGCAACACUCUGCGCACCCGGGACAGCAGGCCACUUGCGACCAGUCAUGUUACAACAUUCCCUUCUGCGACAGUGUUUGGCAGCGUUGCAGCUUCUUCCGUUACCUGCCCUUUCUUCCGUCGUACAAGAGUAACCAACAUUCUGUACCAGACCACUCACCGUGAUGCACACCAAAUUAAAAAAAAAAAAAAUAGUGUAACCAACUUAGAAAUAUAAGCAGGAAAAAAGUUAAUUUACAAUCUACAAGUAUGAAUGACUCAAUAUGAACUCGUAUCAGGAGAAUCCUGAUCCUGAAGAGCAAAUAGUUGAGCGACAAUAAUGACACAACAAUAGUAGAAACAGUUGCGUACGCACUUAUAUUGGAACCUCAUGAAAGUUACAAUGGUAUAUAAAAUAAAUUAACAAAAGUGUGCACAAAGAAAAAAAACAUUUUCUUUGCAGACUAAAUUUCGUUGGGGCCCUUUGUGUUGCUUGAAAGUAUACUUAGUUCCUUGUAUCACAUUCCCAAAUGUAUAAUCCAGAAAUAAUGAAUUGUUCGAACAACUUGCAUUUCUUCUUAUUAUUCCUACAUUCACUAAGAAUUCUAAAUCAGUUUUGUUCCAUCUCUUUCAAUUGUUUGUUUGUUGUGGGAAAACAGGUUCAAUAUUCCAGAACUAGAUAUUUAUUUGAACACAUUUGACACAUAAACUUUUCUACACUUUUCUACUUUUCUAAACUAUUCACAAAAUCAGCCCUAAAGUAAUAUGAUAGCCAUUACGAUAAGUAAUAAUUAAAAUUCGCUAAUUGCUUCAAAUGUAAAUUGUGCAAAAUAUCACACAGCGUGUUAAAAAAAAUCAGCUCCAAAAGAUUUUUAAAUAUUGACAUGCUUACUUACUCCCUUCAUAUUACAGGCCUUCUAAUACAAAGAUAAACUACACGAAAAAUUAACCUGCUUAUUUGUACAAAGGUAACUGGUACAAGUUGGUGCGUUACAUGGCGUGGUUGUUGUGGUUUCCUGCCGCGCUGGCGGCGUCCUUUCAAGUCCUGGCCUGGUCAAGGGAGACAGAUUGCGUCGCCGGCACGACUGGUUGCACCAAUUACAAUCGAAAGUGUUAAAACUCAAACUCAGUAGCUGUAAAAAAAAUUUAUUUUUAAAUCGUCACAUUAGUUUUGCAUUUAAGAAUGCAUUCACUUGCCUAAGGUUUUCUUAUUGCUAACACUAAUUAGCAUGUUCUAACGAUCACUGUUAGGACGUAAGCACUUUAGCAUUGCACUUAGCAUGGAAAACUAGCAUAGCUGAGGAAAGUGACAGGGCUACCCAACGCUGAAAUGUGAUCUUACAUUAGAUUCUGUCAAAUUUUUCUGCCUUGUGGAUGAUGAGCUAGGAAAGCAACUGCCAUUUGAAGUUCAGCUUCAGGAACUUUCUUUGUUAGCAUCUUCGCCAUCUUCAGCUCUUCUAUCCUCAAGCGGGAAAAGGAAAUACGAAUGCGAAAGUACCAACCUGGUCCGUGCACCUUUCAGCCAUUCCUUUUUUCCUUCUAAUUUUGGAAAACAAAAAAACGGAAAACUAGCCCAAUUCCUUUAUUUUUUUUAUGUGGUUAACAAAAACAGGAAAUGAAUUGUCUCCCGUUUCCUGAUUAACAUGGGAAAUUCAAUAACAGAAAAUGAGCCUUAAUCCGUUUUUCGAAUUAGUUUAUUGAACUGAAGUGGAAAAACAAAAUACGCCUAAUAUUUGUUUUCCACCAAGUUCGCGUUUGCAAUGACCUGGAAGACGAUGUUUUUUCUUCUUAUAAAUAUCAUGCUGUGCAGCAGGGUCUUGUCUACGUACAAGAAGAAAAACAAUCUCUGCCGGUCCAUGGCUCAUUUUAAACGUGAACUUGGUGGAAUACAAAUAUUGCGAGUGUUUGUUUUUUCGAUUUUUGUUCAAUCAAAUGAUAUUGGAAAAACAGAGCAAGGCUUGCCUUCAUUUAUUGAAUUACCACUUUUUAAUCAGAAAACUGGAUUUGUUUUGUCGUUUUUUUGAUAACACAUAUAUAAACAAAAAUGGAUUUGGACUUCCGUUUUUUGUUUUCCAAAACUAGAAGAAAAAAGGAAUGCCCGAAAGGUACACGGAGCCAACCUAAUGUUGCCUUCAUGUGUUGUGGUAUUUAUGGUAAAUACCACUUGUUGAGUCGAAAAUCGCAUGUGAAUACCUUCUCAAGUUUUUUUUUUUACUGGAAAACUGGUAUUUUAUGCCGCCUUCAUGUGAUCUUGUAAUUAUAGUAAAUACAACUUGUCUAGUCGAAAAUUGCAUGUGAACACCCCCUGAAGUCGUAUUUUCAACAGUUUAUUAUGAUACCAGGGUUUUUUUGAAGAAGAUUUAUUGUCAAUUUGCACAUGUUUUUACACCAUUAGAUAUUACAUACAGUUCCUUUUUUUUCAACCAAGUGUUUGCAAAAAUGUUUGUUUACAAACAAAAACUUAUUUGGAUUGUGAUUCAUUCCCUUCUUGUUGUAGCAGAUGAAAUAUUAGGUCUAAAUCAGUUUGACCACUCAACAAACCAAAAUGUAGUCCAUGUCCACUAUGUUUUUUUUUUUUGCCACAACAGCAAAACCACAUGAACAGGACGCACUCGUAAUUACCAACUAGCAAGUGGUAUCUUUCCCAGAGCACGUGAAGACUUACUUCCACAGCUUGACAGCUGUGGUAGUAGGUGCAGACAACUUCUCAUUGGCUGAGUGAACAUUGCAAUCAAGUGCAACUGGGUAUUAGUUUGGGCAGGUCUCAUAUUUUAUAGAUAUUGAAAUGUGUAUUUUAAUAUUUAACUGAUGUAACCCAUUUUACAUUGUGAUAUUUCACCAGGGUUGCAAAUGAUUUACAAAACAAUGCAACAAAAUGAACAUGACCAUGUUUCAGUAAUAGGAGAGAGAAAGUAAAUGACGCAUUUCAACAAAUAGUGGCAAAAAUGAGGAAACAGGAAAGUGGAGUAUAAAACCAGAUUAAUUAUGUUGAAGAAAGCCAAAGAAACCUGGCAUAAACUUGGAUGCACAGAACAUUGUGGCAUGACGAUAGCUACAACAUUUUAAAAAUGUUUGGAUUAUAAAGAAUUAUUUUAACCUCACCUUGAAGAGUUUUUCAGUUACACUGCUGGCCAAAAGUAUUGGCACCCCUCCAAAAGAUGUCAGAUAAUGCUCAAUUUCUCCUAGAAAAUGAUUGCAAUAAGAAAUGCUUUGGUAGUAAUGUCUUCAUUUAUUUUGCAUGCAAUGAAAAAACACAAAAGAGAAUGAAAGAAAUAAAAUGAAUCAUGAUCAUGAUACACAAAACUUCAAAACUGGGCCAGACAAAAGUAUUGGUACCAUUUGAAAAAUCAUGUGAUGCUUCUCUAAUUUGUGUAAUUAACAGUUCCUGUUACUUACCUGUGGCAUAUAACAGGUAGUGGCAAUAACAAAAUCAUACUUGGAGACUGUGAAAUGGAUUAAAGUUGACUCAACCUCUGUCCUCUAUCCUUUUGAGUACCACAUUGAGCAUGGAAAAAGAAAUAAGACCAAAGAACUGUCUGAGGACUUGAGAAGCAAAAUUGUGAGGAAGCAUGGGCAAUCUCAAAGCUACAAGUCCAUCUCCAAAGCCCUGAAUGUUCCUGUGUCUACCGUGCACAGUGUUAUCAAUAAGUAAAAAGCCCAUGGCACUGUGGCUAACCUCCCUAGAUGUGGACGGAAAGGAAAAAUUGACGAGAGAUUUCAAUGAAAGGUUGUGCAGAUGGUGGAUAAAGAACCUCAACUAACAUCCAAACAAGUUCAAGCUGUCCUGCAGUCCGAGGGUACAACAGUGUCAACCCUUCUAUCCGUCGGCAUCUUAAUGAAAAGGCAUUCUAUGGUAGGAUACCCAGGAAGGCCCCACUUCUGAACCAGAGACAUAAAAAAGCCAGGCUGGAGUUUGCCAAAACUUAGCUGAGAAAACCAAAAAUGUUUGGGAAGAAUGUUCUCUAGUCAGUUGAGACAAAAGUAGAGCUUUUUGGGAACAGGCAGCAACAUAGUGCUUACAGGAAAAAAAACAAAAAAACGAGGCCUUCAAAGAAAAGAACACGGUCCCCACAGUCAAACAUGGCGGAGGUUCCCUGAUGUUUUACGGUUGCUUUGCUACCUCUGGCACUGGACUGCUUGACGGUGUACAUGGCAUUAUGAAGUCUUAAGACUACCAACAAAUUUUGCAGCAUAAUGUAGGGCCCAGUGUGAGAAAGCUGGGUCUCCCUCAGAGGUUAGGGGUCUUCCAGCAGGGCAAUGACUCAAAACACACUUCAAAAAGCACUAGAAAAUGCUUUGAGAGCAAGCACUGGAGACUUCUAAAGUGGCCAGCAAUGAGUCCAGACCUGAAUCCCAUAGAACACUUGUGGAGACAUCUGAAAAUGGCAGUUUGGAGAAGGCACCCAUCAAAUCUCAGAGACCUGGAGCAGUUGGCCAAAGAAGAAUGUUCUAAAAUUCCAUCAGAGCAUUAUAAGAAACUCAUUGAUGGAUACCGUAAGCGGUUGUUCACAGUUAUUUUGUCUAAAAGUUGUGCUACCAAGUAUUAGGCCAAGGGUGCCAAUACUUUUGUCUGGCCUAUUUGUAGAGUUUUGUGUAAAAUGAUCAUGAUUUAAUUUAUUUUUCAUUCUCUGUUGUGUUUUUUCAUUGCAAGCAAAAUAAAUGAAGAUAUUAUUACCAAAGCAUUUAUAAUUGCAAACAUUUUCUGGGAGCAAUUGAGCAUUAUCUGACAGAAUUGCAGGGGUGACAAUACUCCUAGCCAGCAAUGUACAUAAAAUAUGACACACAACAUGUGUUCGACCGAUUGAUGGUGCGCUGUAGGCGGGCACAUCGAGACUUCUUUUUACCCGUGAGCGCACAUACGUAUCCUAUAAAAAUAGGGCGCAGAUUCCUAAAACUGCUCAGUCUAGCAACAUAAACGCAUAACAUUAUGUAGAAACUUAUGCAUCUAUUCUGGCUGCUGAUUUGUACAUUUUUGUAUUCCUGUUGAACAAUUUCCUGUAGUUUAUUCAGUUAUACGUACAGUAUAGUAUUCACAGAGUGUGAAGAUUGUGGUAAUAGUAAAAGAAGUAGAACAUUCAUAUUUAAAAGCACUUUAAUGUCAGACAUCCCUUCCAAUUUCACUUGCAAUGAAUAAAUGAACUAAGGAGGAAUUAUGAGAGACAUUCUGGGGUGACCACGAGUAAGAUCAACAAAAAUGCUCCAAAGUUAUUAAAGAUGGUGCUAAAGAUUGAUCUCAGAGACUUUACGAGCUUCACUAUAUGCUGUUUUUGUUAGAAACCGGAAUCUUUUAACGGCCUGCUUUAACCCUCACUAUACCUGUCAUUUGUUUUUCUUAUGGUAAUACCUCAUUGUCAACGAGAAGAGCCGUUAUUUGAGGAAAAUAUGGUAAAUUGUGAUCAUGUUUUUAUGUUAUUUUUCUUCCAACAACUGAAGAUGGCAUAAAAUACCCUGAGAAUGUUUGUAUUUUUACAGAAAAAAAAAACAGAUUGUUUGGUAGUAUUUAUCUUAGAAGUGUUUGUCUUUUACUAACAGUUGUACAAAAUGUCAGGCAAAAUCAGAAAGUUCUAACAAUAGAGGCUAGAUUUUUUUAAAUUCCUCUGUAUAGAUGCUUUUUCUUCCUACACAAUAAAGAUCUGCUAAACUUUCUCAAUAAAUGCCUUUGAAAGGAUGUCAGCAGAUUUAAUAGUUUGUCAUUUCUCUGCAAUAGGGCAGCAGGAAAAACCCAUAAAUACCAUAAGCAGCUCAACUUGAAACCCUAAAUUGAUUACAUCAAUUGAAA